CUGCUGCACAUAUGCCGAGUUGACCUAUGGCCAUGCAUUGCUGCGCUCUUAUUCUCUCCUUCGCCCUCAGUUUCUCAUAUGUGUUCGCGGACACACCUGCCAACUGCACUUAUGAAGAUGCCAGAGGGGAAUGGCGUUCAAGAAACCUCGACUGUUUUUGUGACUCUUCUGUACCCAAACAUUGCUAAAGACCACUUUGGAAACACUGGAACAUGGACCUUGAUAUAUAAUCAGGGUUUUGAAGUAACUCUCUCUCAUAGAAAGUGGCUGGUAAAGUUUGAUUAUGAUAGAGCUACGCAUAAGUCCUUUUGUGGCAAAGGAAUACCGGGUUGGACGCAUGACACUCUGAUUCGUCAGUGGUUCUGCUUCUCUGCUCAGAAAAUAGGAUACACACCUUCGCUAAAUAUCGUACCAAUAGCUGCUGAUAAUCAGCAUCUUGGCAAUAGAUUCGCAGCUCCUACGACGAAAGCACUUAAAGAGUUAGUUAAUCAGCUUCCCAAAGAGUUUGAUUGGCGUUCACCACCAGGUGGUGAAAGUGUGGUCACUAGUGUUAGAGAUCAGUUAGAAUGUGGAAGUUGCUAUGCAUUUGCUUCUGCUGCAGCUUUGGAAUCAAGGAUUCGAAUU